AUGUCGAAUGACUAUGCGGGUUCCGACCUCGUGAUAGUCAACACCUGCGGAUUUAUUGAUGCCGCCGUGGAAGAGUCCCUUGAGGCUAUUGGUGAGGCCAUGGACGAGAACGGUCGUGUUAUCGUAACCGGGUGUCUUGGUGCAAAAGCCGACGUCGUGUCAGAGAAUUUUCCGGACCUGCUGGCGGUGACCGGGCCGCAUGCCACAGAAGAGGUCAUGGCGGCAGUGCACGCACAUAUUCCGCCGACCCAUGAUCCCUAUCUGGAUCUGGUGCCGCCGGGCGGGCUAAAGCUGACGCCGAGGCACUAUGCUUACCUUAAAAUUUCCGAAGGCUGUAAUCAUCGCUGUAGCUUUUGCAUUAUUCCCAGCAUGCGUGGUGAUCUUGUCAGUCGCGGUAGUGCCGAUGUGCUGGCAGAGGCGGAAUCGCUGGUUGCCGCCGGCGUUAAAGAGUUGUUGGUGGUGUCGCAGGAUACCAGUGCAUAUGGCGUGGAUAUUCGUUAUCGAAACGAGUUUCAUGGCGCCACACCUGUCCGUUCUCACAUCACCGAUUUGUCGCGGGGCGCUUGGGCAGACCGGUGCCUGGACGGCCUGAUCCUGCCUUACCUCGAUAUCCCGUUUCAGCACGGUAGCCGCGCGGUGCUGAAGGCCAUGAAGCGGCCAGCCCACAGCGAAAAAGUCCUUGAGCGUAUCGUUAAAUGGCGUCAGCUAUGUCCUGACCUGACUAUUCGCAGUACUUUUAUUGUGGGUUUUCCCGGUGAAACUGAAGGCGACUUCGAGCAACUGUUGGCAUUUAUAGAGGAAGCACAGAUUGAUCGAGCGGGGAGACUAUCCGCUAAGGUGGGUAAAACCAUGGAGGUCAUGGUCGACGAAGUCGGCCAGGGUGCCGCCAUCGGCCGCACCAAAGGCGACGCGCCCGAGGUCGACGGUAUUGUCAAAGUCGAUUUGACUGGAGACGAUGUAUCUUGUGGCGAUAUCAUCCCUGUGGAGAUAACCGAUUCAAAUGACUAUGAUCUCAUAGGCACCGCUGUUUCUUCUUAA